AGAUAAAAUGGAUGUUAGAGAAUAAGUUAAAGGGUGUUCAAAAGAAAGAUGAACAAGGUUUAGGGUUGUCUGUAAUUUGCAUUGAGAAAACAAAAAGAGAUUUCGGUAUAAACCAGACCCGAAUCGUUCGACAUAAUACACACAAUUAAUGAGCGGGAUUGGGAAUCUUGAAAUUGAGAAACGAACAAAACACUAAAUACUGUUAUGAUUUUCUCUCGGCUCAAACAAUAAUAAUAAUAAAUAAUAAUGAACAAGGAAGGUACGAUGACCGAUAAGUCUCGGACCUUUCCGGUGGAUCCGAAUCUUCCUCGAUGGGUAUGCCAGAACUGCCGCCACUCCCUUUGUAUCGUCGGCGUCGAUUCCUACGCCGACAAGUUCUUGAACGAAUCUUCUUCUCGCUCCGCUAUGCAGGGCUUCUCAAUGCAUGGUGCCAACAGUGUUUUAGGUUCAACACGUAUGGACAAUUCUUUUGUUGUGUUGCCCAAACAAAGACCACUGCAGGCGCAGGGAGUCCCUCCUCGCCCUCGUGGUGGACCUCUUCAGCCUCCUGAGUCAGGCCAGUCUUGUGGAAAGGCAAUGGAUGAGUCUUUUGUGGUUGUAUACAAUUCUGAGCCUGCAUCUGAUGGAGGUGGGACACAUUUACCAUUGCUAGAAGGAGGACAUAAUGGUCUGUUGCAGCCCAACAACAAUGGGUUCCACUCCACUAUAACUGUCUUGAAACGUGCAUUUGAGAUUGCUACUACCCAGACACAGGUUGAACAACCUUUAUGCCUCGAGUGCAUGAGGGUAUUAUCUGAUAAACUUGAUAAGGAGGUUGAAGAUGUAAACAGAGAUAUUGAAGCAUAUGUAGCCUGCCUUCAGCGUUUCGAGGGGGAAGCACGAGAUGUUCUUAGUGAGGCUGAUUUUCUUAAGGAGAAGCUCAAGAUUGAAGAAGAAGAAAGAAAACUUGAAGCAGCAAUCGAGGAAAUAGAGAAACAAAAUGCAGAAGUAAAUGCUGAGCUGAACGAACUGGAGUUGAAGUCUUUUCGCUUCAAAGAAUUAGAGGAGCGGUACUGGCAAGAGUUUAAUAACUUUCAGUUUCAAUUGAUUUCCCAUCAGGAAGAGAGGGAUGCAAUUCUAGCAAAGACUGAAGUUUCACAAGCACAUUUGGAGUUGUUAAAGAGAAGUAAUGUACUGAAUGAUGCCUUCCCUAUCCAUCAUGAUGGAGAAUUUGGAACAAUAAACACUUUCCGCCUUGGAAGACUUCCUAAAAUUCCGGUUGAAUGGGACGAGAUAAAUGCUGCUUGGGGCCAAGCUUGUCUUCUCCUCCACACUAUGUGUCAAUAUUACAAGCCAAAAUUCCUAUAUCGAAUAAAAAUGCUUCCUAUGGGGAGUUACCCGCGGAUAAUGGAUGCCAACAACAGUGUUUAUGACUUGUUUGGUCCUGUGAACUUGUUCUGGAGUACUCGAUAUGAUAAAGCAAUGACAUUGUUCUUGACAUGCCUCAAGGACUUUGCGGAGUUUGCAUACUUGAAAGAUCAAGAAAAUAACAUUCCACCUGAGAAGCGAUUUAAACUUCCAUACAAGAUUGAGAAUGACAAAGUGGAAAACCACACUAUCACACAAAGUUUCAAUAAGCCGGAGAAUUGGACCAAAGCUCUCAAGUAUACUCUCUGCAAUUUGAAAUGGGCUCUCUAUUGGUUUAUUGGAAAUACAAACUUCCAGCCUCUCAAUUUAGUGGUUCCCUCGCGAGUUGAAGUUCCAGCUGUAGCUUCUUUGUACGCAAAGCGUGGUGUUGAUUCCAAAUCUGAAUCUCGGCAGCACAUAUCAAGACCUUGAAACCAUGCUUCGCUAUUGCAAUUUAUGUAAUAUACUAACUUGUGAAUAGAAAUAGGUUUACAUAGAUCAUCCAAAUCACAUCUUUACCUGAAAUGUUGUAUCAUAGCAGUUGUUUGGAAUAUUCAUCACAGAAGUUGCUGUAAUUUUAUUUUUUCCUUCUUCCAAAUUCUAUGCUAUUUUAGUACCA